GAGAGAAAUCAACAAAGAGAUCAAGUGUAUUUGGAUAAUGUCACGCUGGCAGCACAUGACAGGAGGGCAGCCAUGCAGAGUGAUCAGUGAGCACUGAACUGUGACUGUGUGAUCUUGCACUGUGUUUGUGUGUACUCUUGUAGAUGGCGAGUGGACAGCUGUCCAGGGCGGAGGCGUUGGCGUACUCCGGCUGCAGGCAUGCGUGUCACAUGAUGCUCUACUGUGACACGGAAACUCAGCUGUUUGGGAGACUUCCCAUUAGACAUAUUAUACUGAUGCAGAUGCGCUUUGACGGUCUGCUGGGUUUCCCCGGCGGGUUCGUUAACCCGUCAAAGGAGACCCUGGAGGCGGGCCUUAGCAGGGAAUUGUUGGAGGAGCUGGGCGUGGCUCUUCCUGUAGUGGUAGAAGAUCAUGUGGACUCCUGCCAUGCCCCUGCUUCCUCCAGUCUCAUCACUCACUUCUAUGUGAAAAAGAUGGAGGAGGAGCAGAUUAGGGAGGUGGAGAGAGCGGCUGCAUGCACUGCAACAGAUCAUGGACAGGAGGUCCUAGGAAUGGUCAGAGUCCCUCUUUACACCAUGAAAGGCGGGGGAGGCCUCGCUUCUUUCCUGUCGCACUCGUUUAUCGGCAACGCUCGCUCCCAGCUGGUCGAUGCUCUGCUGCGUCUCCACCUGGUCGCCCCUGAGGAGUUGCACAAAGCCCUCACACACUCUUUGAAGAUACACACACACACCGCAGAGGACCUGCAGGCGGCCCUCGCAUUAACGGACAGGAACAGGAAACGGUUUUGAAACAAACCUGCAUCAUGAGCACAUCCUCCCCAGCACACACUCAGAUACAGUUUGGCCAUCAGUUAUGUUCAACACAAUCCUUCAGUCACACACGUAAUGCUAAACACACACACACACACACACACACACACACAUUCUUGUACUUCUAUCUUUGUGAGGACCCUCAUUGUAAUAGUGAAUUCCUUGCAAGGUUAUAACAGUUUUGGAUUUUUCUUCAGUUUUAGUUUUAAUUUUGUUGUGAAUUUUUGUUUUAAAAUUCAGUUAGUUUAAAUUAGUUUUUAGAGUGAGUUUGCUAGUUUUCAUUUAAUAUUUAUUAGUUUUAGUGUUAGUUGUAGUUUUUUGUAAUGGGGUAUUUGUUGGGUGGGAGAUUAAAAGAGGUCACCGUAAAUUUUGCCUUUAUUUCCUUUGUCUGAUCCAUCGUCAUUAUGUAUGAAAAAAGUUGACAAAGACGAAAAUGAAGGACAUUUUCACUAUAAUUUUAGUUAGUUUUGUAACCACACAAUACAGUUUCAGUUAAUUAUCAUUAUCAUGUAACAUUUAACCCUUAAAACAAAGUCUGAAAUCUCAAAAAAGCCUUUAAAGAAGUGAGGACCAGCCGAAAUGUCCUCACUUUGCAAAAAUGUCCUCACUCUGUUGGUUAAAAACGUGUUCUGGUCCUCACUAUGUAGGAAGGACAAGAACACACACACACACUGUCAUUCUGAUUCUGAGCUGGUGACUCAUAAUUGCCUCAUGCAUCAAACGGUUUGGAGAAAACAUUAUCAACUGCUCCACCAUUAAUGCAAAUAAAAUCAUCUGACUGUUCAUGAUAUUCCAACUUUUCUGUCAUUCUUCUUCAACUGCAAUGGCCGUCAACACUCAUCACACACACACUGUAAGACUUCUAACAGUCAAAUUCUAACAGUAACUUGCUGUAUUAUGAUUGUACAGUAUAGUCAUUAUUUUUGAAAAGAAGACAAGUUUUAUUUAAUUUAUUUUUUGUCUGGGCUGAAAUAAUCACAGUGUUGUUUUUCCAGCAAUCCUAAUAUAGAGUUUAAAUGGAUUACUUGUAACAUCAUUUAGAGUUAAACAUU